AGAGCGUACGGUAGUGGGCGGAGCCUGGUGAUCCGGGUCCCGCGGGCGUGCUGGCUUCACGGCCAGGCUGUCUGUCGUCAUGGUGGGGCCCUGGGUGUACCUGGCGGCGGCGGUUUUGCUCAUCAGCCUUAUCUUCUUCCUAACUCGCAGCAAGGGUCGGGCGGCAGCAGCUGGUGGAGAACCCCUGCACAAUGAGGAAGAGCGGGCAGGCGCAGGUCCAGUAGCCCAGCCUUGGCCCCAGGAGUCUGAGGAGCAGAGGACUGCGGGAGCCAGGCCCCGGCGCCGGAGGGACCUGGGCAGCCGUUUACAGGCCCAGCGACGAGCCCAGCGAGUGGCCUGGGCAGAAGUGGAUAGGAACGAGGAUGAAGCUGUUAUUUCAGCCCAUGAGGAAGAAGGUGUUGAGAAGCCAGCAGAAGCUCACCCAACAGGGAAAAUUGGAGCCAAGAAACUACGGAAGCUAGAGGAAAAACAGGCUCGAAAAGCCCAGCGUGAGGCUGAGGAGGCCGAACGUGAGGAACGGAAACGCCUAGAGUCCCAGCGUGAGGCUGAAUGGAAGAAGGAAGAGGAGCGACUUCGCCUGAAGGAAGAGCAGAAGGAAGAGGAAGAGAGAAAGGCUCGGGAGGAGCAGGCCCGGCGGGAGCAUGAAGAGUACCUGAAACUGAAGGAGGCCUUCGUGGUAGAAGAGGAAGGUGUUAGCGAAACCAUGACUGAGGAGCAGUCUCACAGCUUCCUGACUGAAUUCAUCAAUUACAUUAAGCAGUCCAAGGUUGUGCUUUUGGAAGAUCUGGCUUUCCAGAUGGGUCUGAGGACUCAGGACACCAUAAACCGCAUCCAAGACCUACUCACUGAGGGGACUCUAACAGGUGUGAUUGACGACCGGGGCAAGUUCAUCUACAUAACCCCAGAAGAACUGGCUGCUGUGGCCAAUUUCAUCAGACAGCGGGGCCGGGUGUCCAUCACUGAGCUUGCCCAGGCCAGUAACUCUCUCAUCUCCUGGGGCCAAGACCUUCCUGCCCAGGCUUCAGUCUGACUCCGUUCCCCACUUGGAUGUAUCAUGUGACCUACAUACAUUGCCGUCUUUCCCUGCCAUCUUGGGGCAGGGAUGGCAUCUGACCAGAAAGUUGGGGAUUAAAGGCCUCUGAACACU